AUUUUGCGGCACCGCCUAAAGUAGCAAAAACCGUCCCGUUUCGUGGGGGAGUUGGCUUUGGUCAGCAGUCAGCACCCCAACAAAGACCCAACUUCUCAUUUCUCCAUCUUUUCGGACUCUCUCUGUUUCUCUGAACCAAAAGGGAAAGAAACCCAAACCCCCCAAAAGAUGCAUCGAUCAUCAAGCAGUUCUCGAGUCUCCGAUGAGUUCUUCCUCAACUCAUCCCCACCCCAAUCACUGGGUUCCAAGCAACCAUCCUCGGAGACGGUUCCCCUGAAUCCGCAAGAACUGCCUAUGUACAACCCCUUGUCAGCCGCCGCCAAGAAAGAAAGGUCUCGACUCAGAUCUGCCGAGAACGCCAUCCACAUCAUCCCUCUCGUUCUCGUUCUUUGUGCUAUCAUUCUUUGGUUCUUUUCCAGCCCAGAAUCAAGGGUUUGAAGAUUGAUUGCAAAAGCAAGGGUCUUUAAUGGAGGUGAAGGAGGAGUUUUAAUUCCAAAAAACAAAGCAAGACAGAGUGUGCUCAACCUAUGACAUUAUCAAAGAAGGGCAUCUAACUUGUUUCUUGUCAGAGAGACAGGUAGAUAUUCAUUUGAUUAUGGAACUCCAUUUAGAUGCUUGUAGAAUUGAAAUGAUUUCAUAGAUGUUGGGAAAUAUAUGCUAGGGAUAGAAACCAAAAUGAGGGUCUUUUAUAACAAAAUAAUUAAAUAUAAAAAGAGUAUGGAAAACAUAUUAUUUAUGAAAA